GUUCUAAACGUGCCUCUCUUCCAAUUGCGUGUUCUUUCGCGUAAUACUCUCUCUCUCUCACACGCACGCACACGAACACGAACACGAACACGAACACGCUUUGCUCAUCAGCCAUGUCUGCCGAAUCAGCCUCGGGAAUCCCAAGGAGCCAGGUGGAUCUACUUAACUUCGUCGACUGGACUGGAGUUGAAUGCCUCAAUCAGAGCACGAGUCACACCCUUCCCAACGCUCUCAAACAGGGUUACAGAGAAGAUGAGGGUUUGAAUCUGGAGAGUGAUGCGGAUGAGCAGCUUUUGAUUUAUAUUCCUUUUCAACAAGUUAUUAAGCUGCAUUCUAUUAUUAUCAAAGGACCUGAAGAGGAAGGUCCUAAAACUGUGAAACUUUUUGCAAACAAGGAGCAUAUGGGGUUUAGCAAUGUCAAUGACUACCCUCCAAGUGACACUGUUGUUUUAUCCGUUGAUAAUCUUAAGGGAACACCGGUAGUCUUAAAAUAUGUCAAGUUUCAAAAUGUUCGCAGCUUGACAAUUUUUAUUGAGGACAAUCAAUCUGAUUCUGAAGUUACCAAAGUUCAAAAGAUUGUUCUAUGCGGAACAACUGUUGAAACGACGGAUAUGAAAGGUUUGAAGAAGGUUGAGGAUCACUGACCCUGAAAUGAGCAAGAAAGAGAGAAGGAUGGAUGUGCUAAUUCAAAAUUAAUUUGGAAGCGUUUUUCAAAUCAUUUGUUAUUAAACAACUGAAAUGAAAUUUACAGUUUACAUUCACCAUAUGCAUUCUUAGAAAUGACUUUUGUCCUAGACUCCUAUGGCGCCUUUGUCUACAUGUCACUGUACUUGAGAUUGUCUACAAGUAUCUUGGUGUAUUUGGAAAUGCAGUUGUGGUGUAUACCUCACAUAACUGGAAGAAUCUUUUGUAUUUGGGUUUAAAAAAGGCAUGAAAUUCACACCA